AUGUCAUCCAAACAAACUAAGAAAUAUCAAGCACCAACUGCUACAUCAAUCAAUGUUGAAUCAAGUGUUUUAUUAUCAUUAAUCAGACAUACAUCUGAAAACUAUCCAUCUUUAUUUUCUGGUACUUUAUUAGGAUUUGAAGAUGAUGAAGGAUCCAUCGAUAUAACACAUGUCUAUCCUUUCCCAUAUCCUGAUCAAUAUGAAGGUGGAUCAUUUAGAUCAAGAAGUGGAGCUAAAUAUCAACAAGAAAUUUUAGAAAGUUUAAAGAAAUUAGGUUAUGGAGUUGAAUUUCAAGGAUGGUUUCAAUCUACUAUUGCUGGUAAUUUCAUAACUACUCAAUUAAUUGAAGGAUUAGCUCAACAACAAUUGAUUAAUAAAAAUUCAUUUAUUUUAAUUCAUAAUAUGUCAUCAGUUAAUAAAGAAAUUGAAUUAAAAGCUUUAAGAUUAUCAGAAGGAUUUAUUGGAGCUUAUUUAGAUGGGAAAUGGAAAUCAAAAGAUUUAGAAUCCAAUAAAAUAUCUUAUUUAAAUAUCUUUACUGAAUUACCCAUUAAUAUUCAUAAUCAAAAUUUAGUUAAUUUAUAUUUAUCAAAUUUAAAUCAACAACAAGAUGAAGGUGAACAAGAUGAAUUUGAUGUAUUGAAUUUAUCAUCCAAUCAAAACGUUACUGCUCAAUUAUUAGAAUCAUUAUAUAGUCAAGUUGAUUCUUAUAAUUAUGAUCAAAAUAAUUUUAAUUAUUUCCAAAGACAACAACAAAAGGAAAUUUCAAAAAUUAGUCAAUGGAAACAACAAAGAAAAUUAGAUAAUUUAGAAAGAGCUAAAAGAGGUGAUCCAGAAUUAGAUACUGAAGAAUGGAAAUCAAUCUUUAGAUUACCAAGUGAACCUUCAAGAUAUAAUAAUAUGUUACAUAGUCAUGCUAUUGAUGUAUUAGCCGAUGAUAUUUUAAAGAAAUGUGAAGAAGAAUUAACUAAAAGUGUUGCUAUUGAAAGAAAAUUAACCUUUAAUAAUUAA